GCCUGUAAAGAAACUGUCAGGGAUCGUCCGGCGCGGCGUAAAAUGGCGGAGGAGAGGUCACGUGACGGUGGUUGAACUUGCUGCUAAUAUGGAGGUGGUGGACACGCUUCCCGAAGAGGGAGCAGAAGAUGUAGCGGAACAACUAGUCAUGGUGGAACUGUCAGGUAUAAUUGAUUCUGAUUUUCUGGAGAAAUGUGAGAACAGAUGCAAAAUUCUGGGAAUAGAUACAGAGAAGCCCAUUUUGCAAGUAGACAGAUAUGUCUUUGCUGGGGAGUAUGAAGAUACCCUUGGUACCUGUGUGGUGUUUGAAGAAAACAAAGAUCAUGUAGAUGCAGAAGGAAACCAAAAAUUAGAGCUAAAAUACAAGUACCACACAAUGAAGAAACUGAAUAUGACACGGACGCUCCUGAGUGAGAAAAAGGAAGGAGAAGAAAACACAGGUGGUGGUGGAGUGGAAUGGCUUGAGCUUAAGGACAAAGAUUUUUCAUACAGCAGACCGAACAUGAUCUGCAAUUUUUUGUAUGAAAAAGAAGAGGAGAUGGCUGAGUCUCAAGACAAACUGGCUGAAGAGUCUGAGGGAGAAGCCAGUGAUAAAGGAAACUUUGAUGAUAACUUUGAAUCUGAGAUGCAGCCUAGUGUUGAAAUUGAUGACCCUGCCCAAAUCUUGGAUAACUCUAGCCCUGAAGCAGUGGACUCUCCUUCAUUGAAUACUCAGGAUAUUACCUUAGAUGAUGCUCCAUGUUGAUGUGAAGUCUCUAAUUUUGAGAUGACCACUAAUAGAACUAAUUAAUACAGUGUACGUUUGAGAGGCAUCUCUCUGACUUGUGUACGUAGUUAACUGGAAAUAUGAAUCCUAAACUUACAUGGCAAUUUAGGAUCAUAGUCUGGAAAACUGUGUGCCUAGUGUAUGCCUCAUGAAGAUUUUGACUUUUCUUUCGACAAGAGCCCACCACUGGCCAACUAUAUUGCAACAGCAGCCUUUUAAAAAGUUCAAGUGAGUUUCAUUAACAUUUUGCACAGCUGGAAGUUCCAAUUCAAAUAAAAAAAAUAUAGUUGGUUAUGUGCAUACUUCUGAGCAGGCCUCGUAGGGCUUUCUGGAGUGCAGCUUGGUUUUCUUAGGACAUCUCACUCCCUCAGAUUUGCAAAGAACAGAAGAUUGAUGAAAAAUUGAUGUUAAGCCAUUUUUUUAUUCUUCUGUGUACACAAUUAAAUUUGCAAAAGAUUGUGCACUUGUUUGUAAAAUACAUGUUUGCUGUUCUCAGAUACUUAGUUUUACUUAUUUAGUGUAUUUAUAUUCCAACCUUUCUCCAGGGAGCUCAGGGCAGCAGACCUGGUUCUUUCUCCUCCCAUUUUAUCCUUCCAGUACACCUGAGAGAGCCUGAGUGGCCCAAGGUCACCCAGUGAGCUUCACAUGUGAGUAAGCAUUUGAACCUGUGCCUCGCAGCUCCUACUCCACCACACAAGAACCCGAGGAGCUUGCAGUCUAAACUGUGGGGCAAAGGCAACAAGGAACGGAGAAGGAAGCGGACGCAGGGAUAAGCAAAAACCUCUCUUCAUUCCAGUCAAGCAUGUUUUUGGGCUUCUUUCUAUAAAGAAAGAGGGCUUAUUGGUUGUGCCAAAAGCUUCAUGGGAAAAAGUGGGGUGAUGGACAGGAAGAAAUCCCACCCUCUUUUCUCCUCCAUCAGACCAAAUGGAUUCAGACAGGCUCAAAGGAAUGCUGAAGUAAGGAAAAUAAUAAUCAACCAACAGAGGAUUUUGGAGGGAGAAAGGAUAGGAGGUAUCCUAACUAGGCAGAGAGUCCACCAGAAACUGUAGCGUAUGAUUUCAGAUGGACAGGUUUUGGAUGCUGUUCCUUGAUAAAAACUGAAUUGUAAAAGCCAUCUAGUUAUUGUAUUUUAAGUGUGACACAAUGAAAGCGUACCAACAUUUUUAACCUUUUAAGUAUAACACACCUCCGAGCUUUGGUAAUUGUAUCAGCUGUCAGCCUACAGUGGGAAGGCAUUACAGGUCAUGU